AUGCCGCAUUCCUUCUACCUUCUUCUCAUCGCCCUUCUACUCGUCAACACCGCUUCCGGCUGCCUGCCGGGUCUCGGCGGCUCAUCGGGCGGCGCCUGCUGCCCGCCGGGACCAUCGUGCCAAACGCCAUGCCAAUCGUCAAAUUCGUAUGUGGGUCCCGCCGCGUACGCGGUCGCACCGCCCGCCUAUCCGGCUCCGCCUCCGCCGAAAUACGCGCUAGCCGGCAAAUAG